AUGAUCUCAAACAACAGCAUCAUUCGUUUUGCGCUCUUAUGCGCCAGCUCGUCACUCCUUUACACAACUCCAGGGCGAGCAUCACCCACAUCAUCAUCCUCAACAUCGCCAGCAGCAUUCGUCUUCCCCUCCUGCGUCGAGAGCUGCGUCAACGUGUCCGGCUGCGGCACCGACAACCCGCAAUGCAUGUGCAAGUUCUCAGGCAGGGGCAUCUUCCUCGAGCUGGCCUUGACCUGCAUGUCCUACUACUGCGAAGCCGAGCUCCGCCGCGCCGACGACACUCUGAUCAACAUCAUGGAAGCCGGUUGCAGAUCCAUUCGGCAGCCGAUACCCGAGGAGAAGAUUGAGAUCGCCGAGGCGUGGGCUAGCAGGCUGGUCAAGAACCUUCCUCCGCCUUCGCCGACUAUUAUUGUGACCACCACGGUCCAUCACCAGCCUUUGCCUACGACGCUGGUUACGGUACAGCCGCCGCCGGUGACGGCGACUACCGCAGAUGUGCCUCCUCCACCAGCAUCUACGACAAAGUCAACGAGCAUACAAACUACGCUCGAAUCGUCUUCAUCAGCGCCAAGCACCACUGCUUCCCCGUCAGAUGCGUUCACUUCCGCGCCAGAAAGCAGCAGCACCAGCAUAAGCAGCGUCACUACGCUCCAGCCGCAGUCCUCAUCAACCAAGCCAGCCGAUGAGGCGGCUACCUCCGCUCCGGCCUCCAACAAACCACGUCCGGAUUCGAGUCCGUAUGGCCCGGGGCCGAUCCUCAGUUCUGGUGGGAAGAGCGUGAUGGUAUCGUUACCCUUUUUGCAUUGGGUAUCGGCAUUUGUGUGUUUGGCUGUCGCUGGGGUGGUAUUUGCGUAG